UGUUCUUCAGAGUUCUCAGCGGAGGGGUCCCAGGACGUGAUUAGCGCCUGUACUGAGCAGUGGCAGGGACUGGGAUAGUGAAAGUAAUGUAAAUUAUCUGAAGGAGCCUGCUGGUAGGAUGGUUAGAGAAAAUGUCUGGAUGUUUGUUCCUACUUUAUUUCAGUGAUUCUCUGUCCUGGCUGCCCAUUAAAAUCACCCUGGGAGCUUUUAAAAAUAUACCACUCGUAGAAAUUCUGAUUUAAUUUGUCUGGGGAGAGGCCAAGCAUGAGUAUGUUUUAAAGCCACCCAGUGAUUCUUGUGUAGCCAGGGUAACAAACCACUGCAUCUCCCAUGGCCUGUGAUGCUAUAAUAAUCAGCAAGCAAUUUUUGACGCCUGCUGUGUGUCAGGUACUGUGCUGUGAGCCAUACAAGCAUCAGGCAGUUGAAAAAACUUUAGAACAAGUGACAAAGAUAUUAGAGUUUGGUAUAUUUAAACUAUUCUGUAGCUGUACAGUUUUGUGGAUGGCAAGUGGGAAAAUAAUUUUAAAAGGUGAUGUAUUAAAAAAAAAGUGAGUAUUCUUAAGGCAUAGUUAAUUUAGAAUUGGUCUCAGCUGCAUCCUUAAAAUCCCAAGGCAUAACUUUUUUCUUUUUUAAAUAGGGAAUAACAAUUUUUUUCUCGUUACCUUCUCAUGAGUGGGAAUUGACUUGAUGGCAGUGGGUUUGGUUUUUUGGUUUGGUACCUUCUCUCAAAUUCCAAGUUCCUUGUUAAUGUCCAAUGUUCUUUUGGCCAACAGCUUGAUCCCACUAGGAAUGGCAGCCCCAUCUAUGAAAGAAAGGCAGGCUUGCUGGGAAGCUCGCGAUGAGUACUGGAAGUGUUUAGAUGAGCGCAAUGAGGAUGCUUCUCAAUGCAAGAAGUUAAGAAGCUCAUUUGAAUCAAGUUGUCCCCAACAGUGGAUAAAAUAUUUUGAUAAAAGAAGAGACUACUUAAAAUUCAAAGAAAAAUUUGAAGCAGGACAAUUCCAGCCUUCAAAAACAACUGUAAAUUCCUAGGCUGCUCCUGAACAUUUCACAAAGGUUGAAACUGUUCUUUCUGGACAUUCAAAAAUGCUCCCUUGACCUUGGGGCAAUAGUAAAUAUCAGUACUGUUUGAAUCAUGGUAAAUGUCAAUACUUGUUCCUUAUCCACAACUCUUAAUAAGUAAAAUGGUCAAAUAACAGAGGAUUCCACCAUUCAGACUAUGAAGAACUGAAAUAAAGUGUGUAAAAUAUGCGUAGUUUUAAUUUCAUAAGAAACCUAUAUUUUAAGAAAAAAAAGCCUCUCAUAAAAACAUAGUAUUUUAUUGUUAGAGGCUGGGUAGUAGGCAAAUAUGAUAGAUAUAGACGGAUGCUGUCUUAGGCUGGGUUCUCUAGAGAAGCAAAACCAGUGAAGCAUAUGAAUAUAUAGAGAGACUCAUAUCAAGGAAAUGGGUCGUAUGGUUGUAGAGGCUGGAAAGUCCCAAGUCCGUGGGUCAGGCUGGAGGCUUCUCCUGACUCAGGUAGCUGCAGGGGCUGGUAAACCCAAGAUCAGCAGGUUAGACGGCAGGCCUCUGGUGCACAGGUUAUGGAGGCUGACGAAUCUCAACAUUGGCAAGUAAACUGCUAGUUUAAGUCCGAAGAACCAGAUGUGAAAUGAAAGGAGCCAACUACAGGAUCCAGAGCAAGCAAAAGCCGGCAAGCUUUGCCAGAAAGUCUAUCUAUAU